AUGACGACUCGCGAUCGUCAGGCCUAUAGGGCCGACGAAACCAAAGGCCAUACGUUGUUGUCAGAGAAGGAGAGGCAAAGGAUGCUCAAUUCUUAUCUCCCUAAACCCAAUGAUCCUCCGCCUACUCUAGGCUCAAACUCUCGACCACAGCGACGAUCGCGGUUAGGACUUCGUCGCUUCGUUCUGAACCAAAUACACGUCCUCAUUUUUGCCAUUAUGCAUGGGAUCUUCUCUCUUUACAUAAAGAUACGCCAGACCUGGAACGUGGUGGGCUACCAGAUCUCAUCCGUUGUCAAAUAUCAUCAUGGUACACCGCAAUACAUCAAGAAGGACCUCGUUGGUCUGACGAAAAAGCCAAAGCAUCUCAGUGUUAUUCUGAAGCUCGAGGAGAAUCACCGCACAAAAGCUGACGUCGAGAGGCUCCUUGACGAGGUAGCCGAGAUUGCGACAUGGUGCGCCUGCGCCGAGAUUCCGAUGCUUUCUGUGUAUGAGAAGACAGGGAUCCUCAAGAAGCACAUGCCCCGAGUCUACGAUGCUGUUAACCAAAAAUUCGCAUUCUACUUUGGCCCCGAGCACCCUGGUCUUAGUGUUACAUCACCCCAUAAGGAGGACCUCCCAGGGCCCUUUAGUGAGAAGCCCAGGGAGCAUCUGCGUCUGCACCUCAUCUCCGAGCAAGACGGCCGUGACUCCAUGGUCGAUCUCACCCGUACCUUGGCUGAAAUGUCGCAGAGCGGCAAGCUUUCUCCUCACGACAUCUCCACGGAACUGAUUGACGCUGAGCUUUCUGAGGGCAUCAUGGAUGAGCCUGAUCUUUUACUUACGUUUGGUCCCUACCUCGAAUUGUCGGGUUAUCCUCCCUGGCAGAUCAGAUUGACUGAGAUCUUCUGCUUGCAAGACAACGAGAGAGUUGGAUACCAGGUCUUCCUCAAGGCUCUGCAACAUUACGGCAGAGCCCAGAUGCGCCAUGGUAAAUAA